AUGCCUGUCCUCACAUCAGCCGGCAGCGACUCGGAUUCCUCCCAGCACAGCGGUCAUCUUCAUGGAGACCAGUCACUAUAUACCAGAUCCAGCCUACUCAUCAGCGCCUUCACGGCGGUAAUCGCAGCCUCGUACCUAUUCCAGAAGCUCGUGCUGCCUCGCUUCUCAGCGCGGCGUUCUGGGCACUAUAUCAGCAGAAAUCCCUAUCCGCCACGAGGAUUUGCCUCCUGGAUCUCCUCUGACUCUAAAGCGGAGCUUAUAGACAGUUGGGAGCAAGCCAGACAGGGACAGGGCCACUUUGAAAAGCAGGCUAGUUGGACCAUAAGCAGAGGGGAAGCAAGUGGCACAACUCCAGUGGGAUUGGGUGGAUCUGUCGAAGGAAGCAGCGUUAGGAGCAUGGAAGAAGAGGAGCGGACAACUCACACUGAAAUUAAAGGGUCACGUGGAGUCAGCAAUGAGUCGAGCUAUGGCGCCGAGCAGGAGUCAAGUGGCCUGCCUCAUCCUGACCCUUUCUUCCCCGCUGCUGCUGAGGAGAGCGACCAUGUCAGAACAUCAUCAUCGUUUCAUUCGCUCCCGCCAUUGGACGAUGUUGGCGAUGAGUUCCCCGGUCUCGCCGAGACAGAAAAGGAUAGCAUGGACGAUGACCUCGCCUCGAGGCAAUGGGGGUAUGGGGGUGUCAUGACCACGAGUCGCUCUACAACUCCUUUCUUCGGCCGUCCUUAUGGUAUGGCAGAUGAUUUGGGGGUGAUGUACGAUCCCGACGGAGGUUUCAACGCCCUUUCGGUCAUGGGCAGAGGGCAACCGGUACAACAGCAUCUCGAACUGGGGCCCACUAGCCAACCACAGUCUCAAUCCAUGACACCCACAGAGCUGGCCACCGGUUCGUUCCACCGCGGCCGCCAGACAUACUUUGAAACCCGCAUGCCUUUUGCAGGAUACGCGCAAUCGAAUCCUGCCGAGUUAGAGGCUGUCGCCAUCGAUACUCCGGGCUUUGAUUAUUAUCAGAGCCAAAUCCCGAGCUACAUCACGGCAAGGACAGAUCCGAGCAAUGAGGACACUGGGUCAGACAACCGAGUUGGCUCAUCACGUCUUAAUUCACCUUCCGUUGGCUCCUCCAGACGAAGAGGUUUCACCAAAACUAUCCCCAUACCAGCAGAUACCUAUGGACCAAGUUCAACCGGGCCAGUAGGCGCAUACCACAGCCAAAGCACCAUGUCGAACACCUCAUUUUCCCCUUCUUCAUAUCCACCAACGUCUCCUCUUCUCCCCCCUCCCCCGCUGACCGACUACCCCUUCGACCCGGCCUCGAUCAUGUUUCCCGGGGCAGGCGCAGUGGAUGGAGGAGUCAGAAUAGUCUACGCGGAGCACGACCACGACCACGGCCAUGAGGACAGCAGCACGUACGGUGCCCACGGCGAAGCCCCCGAUGAAGGCCCGGACGCAUUCAAUCAUUCUAGUGCCAGCUGGACGAGGCAUACCCGCGUGUAUGGUGGAGGCGGGGUGUGCCUGGCUUGUGCUGCGGCCGGGGGCGGUGGCUUCUACGGUGCGAGGGUGCGGCCCGAGGACAAGCGGUGA